CAUGAACACCCAACCCAUUCUGGGUGAUUUCUGGUAGACAGAUACCGUAAUGUAGAUACGGCUACCACCCAGCAAGGGAGUGAAGGCGCUUAAGAUGAUUGAGCGGAAAGUCGAUGACUCCUUCAGGGGUGAAUACCUUCGUCAAUACCCUGUCACCUCUGUGCUCCAGCCCACACAGGAGUUCUUCAGCCUCACUGCAUCUGUCGCACAGGAUACACAGUCAACAUUGUCAGCACCCACAAAACGCAACGGAGCUUCCAGCGUCCACGCAUCGAGCUCCAAUCCUGUGCAAGCCGGAGCUGCAGAGCUCUCGCCGCAACCACAUAACGACAAGAAAAGCAUCAAGGACGACACAGUCACUCGAUGGGCCAAAGAGCAGGGCAGAAUCCACGAGUGGCGGAUUGAAAUGAAACGCGAUCAUGCCUUACGAGAACUACGAGAGGAGCAUGCGUCGACAGAUGGCGGUGAUCCAACUUUGCGGGCAAAUCAGGUUGACUUGAGCGCAAAGGGACCGAAGUCUGGGCGAGAGUUAGCCUCGACAGAACGGUCAACCACAGUACUUAUACAGACCCUUCUUGGGGAUCAAGUGUCGCAGCCUGAGCGCGAAUUAUGGGGUUCCCUGAAUGAUGGACUUUUACCGGAGAUGACAGAGACUUUUGGCGCAGGAAUAGAAAGCAAGUGA